AUGGAUGGUCUACCCCGGUUAAAGAUUCACAAAUAUUUGAAAAUGUGCAGGUUCGAACGUUUACGUCCAGGCGCCAGAAUGUGCAGCUCCGGUGGGAAGAUUGUGCUUUUCUGGGACACCUCCGAGUCGGAAUAUCUUCAUAUUUGGUUGGCGGAGAUUUCAUUGGAAAGACGCCAAGGAGGCGAGAUUUGGGGCAACAUUGAGCGGUCUAAUAUUUUCAUGCCUGCCAUUGAACCUUAUCAACACCACAAGAAGGUUUUGCAUUCUGUUUCUGUCACUCUCUGA